CAGAGCGGAGGGGAGACACCGCACAGAUGAAGGCACCAUCGCGGAGAACUAUCACAUAUCCCUCCGUGUGAUUAUUCCUAAAUAUCAAACCACACACCCCUCCCUCCUUCCUCCCGCCGGGGUUGUGCCGUCGCUGUGGGUCUUUUUCAGUCGGACGGCUUGCCUGUUUUUUUCAUCCGGGAGGCUGAAUGGAAGCAGCAGCCGAGGGAGCGGUCGGGCUGUCGGAGGCCGGGGACGGGAGCCCGUUAUCCGGGGCCGCAGCAUCCGAUGAUGCGGACACGGUCGUGGGAGUGAGCUACGGGAUGGACGCUGCAGACAUGGAUGCUGCUGCUAGGAAAGCCUUCAUCACAGAGAUGCCCUCAUCCUCAGGCCUGCCUGGUCAGGGAAAGAAGAUUGGCCACAGAGGGGUGGAUGCAUCAGGAGAAACUACUUAUAAGAAGACCACAUCCUCUGCCUUGAAAGGUGCCAUCCAGCUGGGCAUCGGUUACACAGUGGGCAACCUGAGCUCCAAGCCUGAGAGAGAUGUGUUGAUGCAGGACUUCUACGUGGUGGAGAGCAUCUUUUUCCCCAGUGAAGGGAGCAACCUCACUCCAGCUCACCAUUUCCCGGACUUCCGAUUCAAAACGUACGCUCCUGUGGCCUUCCGCUACUUCAGAGAACUGUUUGGCAUCAGGCCAGAUGACUACCUGUACUCUCUAUGUAAUGAGCCACUGAUUGAGCUGUCCAAUCCUGGAGCGAGUGGUUCAGUCUUCUAUCUUACCAAGGACGAUGAGUUCAUCAUCAAGACUGUCAUGCACAAGGAGGCUGAAUUCUUACAGAAACUGCUGCCUGGAUACUAUAUGAACUUGAAUCAGAACCCACGCACUUUGCUGCCCAAGUUCUUCGGCCUCUACUGUGUCCAGUCGGGCGGAAAGAACAUCCGCGUGGUGGUGAUGAACAACGUCCUACCCCGAGUAGUUCGCAUGCACCUCAAAUACGACCUGAAAGGCUCCACCUACAAGAGGCGAGCAUCCAAGAAGGAGAGGGAGAAGGCCAGGCCCACGUUCAAAGAUCUUGACUUCAUGCAAGACCUGCAAGACGGACUGAUGCUGGACCAGGACACUUACAACGCACUGGUCAAGACCCUGCAGAGGGAUUGCCUGGUGCUGGAAAGCUUUAAGAUCAUGGACUACAGUCUGCUGCUCGGGGUCCACAACAUGGACCAGGCAGAGAGGGAGAGGCAGAUGGAGGGCUCCCAAGGCGGCAGUGACGAGAAAAGGCCCGUAGCCCAGCAGAAGGCCCUGUACUCCACAGCCAUGGAGUCCAUCCAGGGAGGAGCCGCCUGUGGAGGGUCCAUUGACACUGAUGACACGAUGGGCGGUAUCCCAGCUGUCAAUGGAAAAGGAGAGAGACUUCUUCUCUACAUCGGCAUCAUAGACAUCUUGCAAUCCUACAGGCUAAUCAAGAAACUGGAGCACACAUGGAAGGCUCUGGUUCACGACGGGGACACCGUGUCUGUCCACCGGCCCGGCUUCUACGCCGAUCGGUUCUUCAAGUUCAUGAGCAGCACAGUUUUCAAGAAGAGUUCCUCUCUGAAGUCAUCUCCAUCGAAGAAGGGUCGCGUGUCGUUGUCUGUGCCUAAGUGUGCUGGCCCUGGUGCAGCCUGGUCAGCCAGCCAGCUGCUUUCUGAGAGAGACGAGAAUAUUUACGACCUGAGAGGUGCUCGCAGCUUCCCAACGCUGGAGGAUGAGGGGCGAGCAGAUCUUCCGUGUACUCCUCCUUCAUUUGAAGAGGCCACCACUGCGUCAAUCGCCACCACUCUCUCUUCCACCACCUCUCUGUCCAUCCCUGAGAGAUCUCCAUCUGACACGGCUGAACACCCUCGCUACAGGAGGCACACCCAGUCUCUCAGCCAUGACGGGAGGACCCAGGAGGAGCUGCGUGUGCGUGAAGAGGAUCAGCAGACCAUCACAGUGGAGGUGGAGCUGAAGAGACACGACAGUGAGCCCACCAUCUCUGUUCCACAGCCUUCAUCUGGAACCAGUGAGGUUCAGGAAGUAGUCGGUGCUGAGGCUCCCAAUGCUGCCGCAGAACCUUCCAGCUCAUUGUCGCCCCCUGAUGCUGCAUCCUCCUCCUCCUCCUCACCUGCUCCUGCUGCUCCGUCUUCUCCCGGGGUAGCAGAGGAAGCUCCGUCUAGUCCAAAGGUGGUGGUGGAGGCAGACAGGGCCAGCCAAGUGUCCGGCUCAGGGUGCACCAGCCAGGCUUCAGUGGAUGAUGAAGAUGACGUGCCAAUCACAGAUAUCUACUUUUAAAUCCUGUUCUCUAUCAGAGAGGAGUGAACGUCUCAGCGGAGAGGACUCACUGGUCUGAAGCCUAGACCUCAGUGGUAGCAGCAGGAUCUCUGUCCGGACCAGGAUUUUAAACAUGCAUACAGAAACUGAACACACUGAUGGGAAGAAGUGACUUGAGUACCAGAGGGGGUGAAAAUCCUGACAGUGAUAACAUCACUGAUUUCCAACCACCCCUGCCUUUCACCCUCGACAAAUAAAAAAAAAAGAUGAGUUUAAUAAUUAUGUGUAUGUGUGACAUAGUACUUAUAAGGCUGUGUAGUCUUAUACGUUUGACAUGAAAUGCAGCAGUAACUCGUGUUCUGUUUCACACAAGCGCAGCCCUCUAACGCAGCUCUGCAGGCUCACCCACUCACUCUGACAGAGCAGCAUGUAGAGGCGUGAAGUGGAUGGAGCUACUGGUUCCAGAAGUAUUUCUACAAAUGGGAAGUUUUUCUUAGAACAAUAUCCUCAAUGUUACUCAACAUAGAAACACAGGAGUCUCCUGGAUACUGGAACAACCUUGUAGGUGUCCAGUUUCAAUUAUUUCAACUUGAGAAAUCAUGUUUUUGGUUUUAAUCAAGUUGAAAUGUGAGAUGGUUCUAAAUACUUAAAAGCUGUAGCAAAUUCAGAGCAUUUCAUCAUUCUAGUUGUGAACAAAACUCGGUGCCAUCAUUGCUGAAUUCAUCCAGAAUCUGAAAGUGAGUUCUUUCCAGCUGCAGAUUGUAACUUUAUAAUUGAAUGUUUCUUACAAAGAGUCUUUAACUUCUCAUUUUACAGUUUUAUGGUCACAGGCUUCAACUUUUUAUCAAAGAAACAUUUUCUAAUGCAGCUGUUCAUCUUUGGUACUGAUGCCUCAACCAGGAGAUUUUGAUGUCCAUCCAAGUCAUGUAAGUCACCUGACUGUUAACUUUCAUAACCAGGGGUACCUGAAGUCGCUCCCUCCACCACACAGCUCUACUGAAAUUUGCAUUUACUGCUUUGGCUAAUCAAACUGGGUUUCCAUACAGUACGGCCAUUGCACUCCUUCACCUUUCUGACAGUGAUUGAAAGAGCAACACGAUAAAUGAGAUGAACUCCUUUUGAAGGUUGA